UCUGCUUGACAGAGGCCUGGCUUGCAUACACCUUUAUGACUGUUCGUGUUCAACCCUGCCUAAAAGUUUGCCUUUUCUCGAACUUCGCUGUUUUUUUGUUCUUCUCCAAUCGAUAAGACGUUUGCUCAGCUAAAAACUACUCAUAACAUCGAGGUUAAACCGAACGCCGUGGCAAAUCGAGACGCAAUGGGUAAUGCUGUAAGUGCAAGUCCGGUGGCAGCUUUACCGGCUUCUACCGCCACCGAGUCGAAGCUGGCGGACGGCAAGACGGAAAAACCAAAAUGCAAAGCUUGCUGUGCCUGUCCGGAAACAAAACGAGUGCGUGAUUCCUGCAUAAUGGAGAGGGGCGAGGAAAACUGCGGCGAGUUGAUCGAGAAGCAUAAACAAUGCAUGCGGGAUAUGGGAUUUAACGUCUAGAAAGCGAGCCAUUACUGAUUGGACUUAGAUUACUGUUUCAACCCGCCCAUGCUUCAGUGUAAAUAUCUGCUCCCGUUAAUUUAUCUUAAUUAUUAGUUUUAUUUUGUAAAACAGUAUCUGUACUUAAAGCUUGAUCAUACAAAUAAAAAUGAGUACAGAGUUCCCAA